UCAGGGCUUUGCUGUGAUACGAGCAGUCUUGUUGUGCUGAUGAGAGCAAGAAAAGUUCUUAUUUUGCCCGAGGGAAGUCAAUUCUCCUGUCUUGUUUCGCCUGUUAAUAAGAGCACCGUCAAAUGACCGCAGGUGAUAUUUGGACAUCAAACAUCUUUUGCGAUCGGUCUUUACACUCAGUCGAUUAAUUUUUCACUCUUGUUCCUCUUCAAUAAAAAAUCACGUGUUAAAUAAGGGAGUUGUGCCAUCACCAAUAUCCGUUUACCCCCUUUUAUCAUUUAUAGGUUUUGCAAAAUUGCAUCUUUUCCCUUCCAAAAAUUCAAAUUAGGCUCGAAGUAACGAAUGCACGCUCCAAUUGAAGCAGCUGGAUAUUUAUCAAUUUAGUCGUGAGUGUUAUCUGUAUUGAUAUUUAGACACGGUUGCCGUCAUUUCUUUGUUGAGUUCAUUGAUAAACCGGAUAUAAUAUUGCUUAAUUUUUCAGAAAAUUUAAUCGGUAGCUUUUUCAAACAGUUUGAACCAGUUUGAAAUGACUGGUUGAUUUAAGAACAUGAAUAUUUCAAUGAGACUAAAACGUACCACUACUACCAACCCUCCUCCAAUCAUUAAUUUUAUGGUUCCAUUAAUUUAAGCUGUAGUAUUAUCUGAUCAAAUAGAUAAAUCGAGCCUUAAAUUAGGAAAAUAAAGCUUUUCAAUUUCUGGAUUUGUUUUUAUAACAAUUCACCCUUUGGCUAAGUCUGAUUUUCAUUUUCGUUUUUUUUUUCUCUAACUUUCCUUCGUUUUCAAUUACUAACUUUCCUUCGUUUUCAAUUACUAACUAUUCUUCGUUUUCCAUUACUUUUCAAUAAAUAGAGCAUUAGAAGUAAUGAAAUAAAGUGGCAGAACUCUUCAGUUUGCGUUUUCACCCGGUGGCAACUAAAAUUUCCGUGCCCUGAUUUCCUUGCUUUGUUUGUAUGGGCUAACUAAACUGAUUAUAAGUUUCGAUCACUUCACUAAUAUUACGUUAUAGCGAUUCUUCCCAAGAGGCACUUUUCGGUUGCAAAAAUUAUUCGUUGUUGCGAGAUAUGCACAACUAUGAAAGACUCUCUCUGAACGCCGGAAGAUAAAUUCACGAAUUUACUGAGGUGAAUGGUCAAAAAUACUUUAUGCUCAUUAUCUUAUUUUGAAAAUUCAUUUUUGUGAAGUUUUUUAUUAUCGACAAAACUUAUCAUUUCAAAGCCCUUACAUAAAACAACUUUGAAAAAAAAUCCAAUUCCAAGUCCCCUUAAUGAUCUUAGAGGCUUUUAUUUGGCCACUGGGAAGCAGUCUGUCGAAAACAUUUGUGUAAGGUUGCCCAGAGCAUCUGAUUUAAACGAUAUGAGCGCUGCUGUGAUCUUGCGACUUAAAGAUAAACAUAAUUCAGACACCCCCCUUGAAAACCAAUUGGGCUUGACGAAUCAUGGAGAACCAAAUGGAGGGGAAAGAAAGUCACCCGAGCCGGUGACUGAACAAGUGCUAGAAAACGCCGGAUUGCCCCAGCAUCGGAUGUUUCAGCUGGUCAAGGAAUUAGCUGAGUACGCAACUCCUCAAAUACUUCAACUGCCAUCUGUACUCGGGUUUUUGUGGGUACUAGUUUAUAUAGGCUUUUUUUCUUUAACGUGUUCGCAAAUGGUUUUGCUCAUACAAAACUACUUUACAUACCCGACUGCGAUUAGUAUCAGAGUCGUGUUUUCUCCGUAUUUGGACUUUCCAGCUGUGACAGUUUGCAACGAAAGUCCUCUAAGGAAAACGCGAGUACUGCAAGACAGGCGCUAUGAAGACCUCGCUUUACUUGAUGAUUAUAUAGCCAGUAAAGUUCUGCUAUCUUCCAGUAAUGGCUCGGAUUCAAAAUGUAAGAGUAAAAACGAUUACAAAUGCCCCUUUUCGGGAAUUUGCAUACCUGAAAAAUGGAUUUGCAAUGAUGUCGUGAAUUGCGACGAUGAAAGUGAUGAAAAAAAUCCAGACUUCGACUGUGCUAAAAUCAAGUUGGACCGUGACGCUAACUUGACAACUGCUCAAGGUCAUUGCAAUUGGCCUUCGUCGAUGUGUCCAGAACAAACUUGCGCGACUGCGUGUGAUGGUGUUCCGGAGUGCGUCGAAAGCAACCACUAUGACGAAAGUGACUAUUUGGGAUGUGACGUAAAAAGAUCAGAACGGAGUGCCGACCAAGUUCCAAGUCAGAAAAGUUUUCUUAACAAAUCUUCGGAACAUCGUUCGUUUUACCGACAGAAAAGAGACGGUUACAGUAAUUACUAUGAAACUUUUGAUCCAUUAGAUUAUUUCUCUUUUUACUUUAAAUCAAAUAAUAAUCGUGCCGCAUUACGUAAUGCUCUAGCCUUUGACCAAACUUUAAUGAGAAGUUAUGGAUUCCAUGCCAAAGAUUUCUUAAUUCAGUGCUCAUUCAACCAUCAAACAUGUGAUUACUCCGAUUUCAAAACUUUCCAACACACUCAUUUCGGAAAUUGUUUCACGUUCAACUCAGCUUUGUCGGAAAACAAUUCGAGUUCUUUCAGAAAUCUAACUUCUUCCAAAACGGGCGAGCCCUACGGCUUCAAAUUGACUGUGUUCCUUGAUGUUAACGAGUAUAUUGGUCUAACGGCGCCUUUAACGGGAGUUAGGGUUGUCACGCACCAUCCAAAGUUGAGCCCGAAUAUCUACAGUCAGGGUUCUGUAGUUGAGGCGGGAAAAGCUUUACUAAUGGGUCUAGAAAGAAACGAACUGGCCAAAAUGGGCGGGAAAUACGGAAACUGUAGCUACACCUGGCCGGAUUUCUUGAACUUAAAUCAAAAUUUGAAAGGUUCACUUCAAUUGUAUGACUUAUCAGACUGCCAAUUUUACUGCCGACAAAACGCUUUAGCUUUGCGAUGUGGUUGUAUCGACAGCUACACUCAAGACUUCAGCGAUGACGAAAACAUCAACGAAGCCUCGAGACACUACUGCGACAGCUUUAACGACACGCAACGUCUCUGCCGACAAAGUAUCGAAGAUGACUCGGAAACAGGAGUGCUGAACUGUCCAUGUCCGGAUGCGUGUUAUACGGUGAACUACUGGACCCAAGAGUCUUUAGCUUCAUGGCCCAGUGAUGUUUACUCGCCAUUCUUAGUGGAACAACUGCUAAAAUCCAAGUCACCUCAGGUGCACAACUUCAUUAGGGAAGUUCUCUCGCGCUCCAAUAUUUCAAACGAGGAUCUGUCUCGGGAAUUGAGGAGGAACUUUGCCCGCAUCAUGGUGUACUACGAGAGAAACAGCUUCGAGAAAGUGUGGGAGAGUCCCGCCUAUUCCGUAACAGGGCUCCUGAGUGACAUCGGGGGCAAUAUGGGUCUGUGGACGGGUUGGAGCGUCAUGGUCUUCUUUGAACUCCUUCAGUUCUUUUUUAAGCUGGUUCAACUUUGCUGUUGAUAUCAUUGGCCUAAUGAUACUCUCGGUUUUUUCGAGGUAUGAAGUCCGUCUUUCGCUGUUUUCCAGUUUCCCACUUUAUCUUACUAAUACAGCAUAAACAACAUGAAGUUGUUCAUAAUUUAUUCGGUGUCCUACAUUUUAAUACCGUACAAUUUAACACCGUAAAUUUUAACACCUAGUCAUUUCACUACUAAACAAUUUAAAUCCUAUUUUCCAGUUUAAAAUCGUACAUU